AUGGCUGAAAGUCCGCCCUCCUAUGACGAUUCGAACCUAUCAGGAGAUGCCAUCGUCUCACUGUCGCGCAGAGAGCCCUACGUACUGGAACCUCCCCUUAUACUCGAUCAUGAACUGCACACCUCUAUAUCUAUGCCGGCUCUGAGCCAUGGCCAACCCACUACGGAACACUCUUUCACUAUCGGUUCGACGAAGGGAAUCCCAUGGCUAAUCGUGCAUCUGAGGAGUCGUGCCGUAGCACCGGAAUCCUUACCGCUGUACUAUGGUCAUGAUACAAUUCGCGGAGAUGUUACAUUGGAGCUUCAAGAGGGUAUGAAACUGAAGGCUAUUGUUCUCAAGUACUGCUGCAAAGUUGCCUACAAUGGGACCAUCCUCGAGGCUGUGCAUGAUGUAUGGCGUGGGGAGGCUGGUGCGACGUUCAAGUUACUGCCGCAAGGGAGACACGUCAUACCCAUCGAGUUUCCCAUCCCGUAUGAAACAUCUCAUCCUCAGGAGCCGGGGAAGUCGAUCACGUUGCCACCGACAUUUGUGGAAGGCGGAGGGAGCGAUGUGAAUAUAAGCUAUACUCUAUCUAUCAGCGUCCAAAGGGGGGGCCUCCAGGCCAGCAAGAAAGUCACUCUCGGCGUAUGCUAUUUCCCAAGGAGUGUUCAUAGUACCCCUCAAAAGGCUCGCUUGCUCGCCUCUCGACACGUUAUCGACCUACUUGGCCCUGAGCUUGAUCCGCUCGGCUGGAGAACUCUCCCACCCGUGAACUUGGGCCGGGCAGCCUUUCAUACGCGGAAAGUGAAUACCGAAUAUACUUUGGCACUCGCAGAACCGACCUCGUAUAUGAUCGGUGGCACUAUCCCCGUCUUUCUCACUGUCCGGAGCCCUGAUGCAAGAGCACUGGAAUCUAUCGCUUUUGACGACAAGGACGUCGUGGUUCGGUUGCGACGUUUGGUCGAGGUUGGACCUCCCGGCUCGGAAGGGAAAGUCAGCGCGGCUUUCAUCGAGAACAUAGGCAACGCAACAUUUUGGCCGUACGAGUUGAACUCUCGGGCACCGGAAGAGGGCACUCGCAUGCUUCAAGGCGAGAUCAUCAUACCUAGAGAAACCGUACCUUCGUUCACUUGGAUGAACAUCAGUCUCCGGUACGAUGUCAUACUGCGUCCUCCCACAAAGUUUAGUCCACCGCGCGUUGCAUACGGGGUCUCCGAAUUUGACUUAAAACCUGUGCGCUCUGUCAAGGUCGUCAUUGCUGUAGAUUCCCUCAACACCCUGAUCACCUGCUUGCCUCAGCGGCUCCGCCGAUAUAUACCCAGUAGAUGUUGA